GUGUUACAUAUAACGUUACCCGGAAAAGAGCAUGCAGACCCUUCUCAAUGUCUAACUAUUAAAAGAUCAGCACAGUGACAGAAGAACCUCACAUUGAGACACAAGUAGAACGAUUUAACGUUGCGUCGGCAGUUUGCAAGACGAAGUUUACCUCCUGUCGAUAAAUCAGCAAAAAAUAUUACAACAGUGUCAAUCAUCAUAAUAGAAAUAGUGUCCCAAACUCAACAAAGAGGUGAGGCAAAAGCCGGGCUGUGAUAGGUCAGGUUUUCGCCAAUCAAGGCGCCAUCUUGUUCAGGCAGGGACUCCAUUGGAUCCAGCAAGUUUGUCUGCGAAGACUGAAUUUGCACGACCACCAGCAACCACCAGCUACUCUCCUGUCUUCAAGCAGAGUUGCUGUGGUACCCCUGAACUAAGACGAUGCAGUCUUCGACAGGGAAUGAUGGAUACGACAGCUACGACUCACAGCCUGAAGACCUCACCAUUGAGACUUCUGAACCUCCCUCACAUCACACCUUUCCUCCUGUUUCCUUUCAGUUUCACACUACCUUUCCAGAUGUUUACCUACCCCCAAGCAUCCCAAAUCAGACUACAGCUUCGACUUUUGUGCCUUUCCCAUUCUUGGACAGCCACGUUGAAGCAGAGGUGCCAGAAGUGCUAACCCUUGGCAAUACCCACACAAGCGAAGACCUCCUAACAACUCAAACUCCGUCAGCAAGCAUCACAUCUUUGAAGUCAUCAACAGUGCCCAAUACAGGUGCAGGGGACGGAGGUAUGGCCACUUUUUUGAUCAACGGUGUACCCAGCCGCAUGGCAUUACUGGAUACCAACAACAAAACAGACCAAUCAGUAAAGAGAGUCCAGACAGGACCUUCUGCAGCCAGCUUGACUGCAGCACAACUCCACAUGACAGCCAUGAGUAAGACUGUAGGCUGGGAGCCAGACGAGGAACCGUUGUACGUGAAUGCCAAGCAGUACCACCGCAUCAUGAAGAGGAGAGAGAUGAGAGCCAAGCUAGAGGCAACUGGGAAGAUCCCAAAGAAAAGAAAGAAGUACCUCUACGAGUCUCGUCACAAACAUGCCAUGGCCAGAACUCGAGGGAAUGGAGGAAAGUUUAGCAAAGAGAACUAAAGAUUGGUCAAUUGAAGAAACAUUCACAAAUAAUUUUAAGAUGCAGGACAAAUAACAAAGUUCUGUUCGAAAGAUCUAUGUAUUGCUGGUAAGGGAUAGGGAGAAACUUAUAACAUUUAUAACAUAAGGAUGGGAACUAGUCUGGUUUAAUCACAGGUUUAACUUUAGGUCAAGUUUAGAACUGAACCUGUGUAUUUGAUGUUUAGUUUUAUUGAACCUAAUAUUGAUAUUUGAAUUUUGCAUUUACUAUACUUUGGAUGCCUUUUUUGCCAGUGACCAAAAUACUUGAAUUUUCAUCAAACAUAAACUAAAAGCACCAAUCAGUUGACUUAGUAAGUCCUCUAGAUCAAUUUUUUGAAACCUCCUUCAUUUGGAGUGAAAAUCUAUUUAUACAGUGGCGUUUUUUGUG